CUACGGCUGCUGCUGCUGCUUACUCCCCCUGCUGUCCCCCCUCUCUUCUCUCUCUCUCUCUCUCUCUCUCUCCUCACACACACACCCCCUCGCCACAACUGUUCCACAAUGACUCGGGACACUUCAUCGCGUCUGCAUGGAGGUGCUUCCACGACGAUCGCCUGGCCGACGAAUGGGGACGAAGGCGCCGCCGCGUUGGCUGUCCGGCUGCAGCCAUCCUCCCCUCUUAACGCCUAACCCAGGAUGCUCCAUACUUUGAGCAUGCUUCCUUCUGCCUUCCUCCUGGCAAUCCUGUCUUCUUUCCCAACUUCGGUUGGAGUCUUCUGGCGGCUUAACCCUCGACCGGAGUGUUUGAAUUAUAACGAGCCCCAUAAGCAGGGCCUCCUCUCUCUCCACCGUCACACUGUCCUACUGUUGCCUGAUGAACCAUCCAUACUGCUGAUGGACCCCGUCUCCGCGAUCGGCCUUCUUUCGGGCGCGUCUCAAGUCGCCCAAUCUGCCAAAGCCACCGCAAGUAGGCUGGCCGAUCUGUAUGGCAAAUUCAACAAUGCAGACCUCACCCUUCAAGCGCUCAUCGGCGAGCUGACGGCCAUUCGAUCAUCCAUCACCCAGCUGCAUGACUGGGCUUCGUAUAGUGUCCCCGGGUCAGCAGAACCUGACGAGUAUGUUGAAGGUCUCGAAGUCGCCCUCAGCGGCUGUCGCGCGACCAUGGAGGUCCUCUCCGACGAGGUAUCGGCCCUGGCUCGGGGCGAACUAUAUAACGGCACCGGAGCUGGGGUUCGGGAUCGAACGAAGGUUUCCUGGAACGAAGACAGCAUGAAAGGUCAUCAGGAAAGGCUGCGCGCUCAGGUCCAAGCGCUGCAGUUAUUGCUCCAGGCCUGCCAGUGGUAAGGCUCCAUAUGACAACCAGAAAGAUAUCACUGCAUGCUAAAGACUAGCCACUAGUCGGUCCUCUACUGAGCAAAGUGAACUGCUACGAAGAGCUGAGAGCCGCCGGAUCAUCGAGAAGGUCGCCAGCAAAACAG